GGCGGCGCACAGCAGCUCAACAAAAACCCGGACAAGUUCUCCGUAAAGCGGCUGCCACUACACUACGAAGCAGCCAUGUCGGAGCGAGGGAGGGUCUCUGGAUGUGACAGCGCGCAGUGUCACUACUACUGAGCGUGCGUUUGUUUUCGUGUGCGCGUGUGAGGGCGCGAGAGUGCAAGAGAGGAGCUAGAAGAGGUUGCUUCCCUGCGUGUGUGGAUAUCGCCUUCAUGGACGGCCAACGGGGCUUUUACGAGAUGGAGAACCCGGCAGAGAACCCCAGCAAGGCGGCGGAGUACCUGCAGGAGCUAAACAACAUCAUCGAGACCCAGCAGGGGCUGCUGGAGAAGCAGCGGGUCCGGAUCGAGGAGCUGGAGCUGCAGGUGACGGAUCUGUGCACGGAAAACGCCCGUCUGAAGGAUCAGCACCAGCGGCACCUGGCCACCUGCAGGCUCCAGCAGGGGAACCACUCCAGCCUGGGAGCCAUCAAGGAGAACGUGCUGCAGGAAAAAUCCAAAUGUGAAAGUUGGAGAGGUGUAAGGGAGCUCCUGGAUAAGACUUCCAUGUAA